AUGCGCUCGCUGUUGAUAGCUCUACUGGGCUUUUGGUUGGAAAUUGCUGCGGUGAGGGCUAUUUUCAUUGAGGACGCUUUCGAAACCGAUUGGCAACUACAAAAUAUCGGUAUCUACAAUUGUGUUCUAAAAAAUCAAGAGCAGGGUUCCUUCAUAGUGCUAUCUGAUUUUGGAUCGAAGACUCUUUUAUCUUAUGUUAACGAAACCGAUGGGCAGCUGUUGUCUAGACAUGUGCUAGAUCUUCAAGCUACCGAUGCCAUGAUGACUGCAGACCGGAAACAUAUUGUAUUGAAAACAGUCGAGAACGAGUUCAUGGCUUUUGACAGCUAUUCGGGAUUGCUUAAAAACGACUUAGACUUCCCCGCCAGUGAAUUCCGUUCGGGAUGCAAGCCUGAUUUAUCCAAUAUUAAGCUGAUUGACGGAACCGUUCAGGUUCUAGAUUCAGAGACGGGAUUGUUGAUAUUUGAGAGCGAUCUACCUCCCAAGUUUGAAUCUAUUGCUUUCAUUGAGACUGACUAUGUCUCAGAACUGCAACUGCUGGUCCACACCACUGAUGAUGAGUAUUUUUUCCAGCUGAUGAAAAAUAAUACGAUGGAAAGAUCAUGGAUUAGGGACGAAUCGAAUCACGACAUUGUUGCUCACACCUUUAUAGAUAUCGGCGACAGUAAUCUUGACGUGGUAUCUGAAGAAAUUUUGAAGGAAAAUAGCUUUCCAAAUGCAUGGCAGGCCUACGUGUUUAGAGUCACAACCAAUUGGAAUAGACUCAGGGACAGCUUUAGGGAAUCUGGCUAUUCGGUCGGAAAAUUCUUAACCAAAUUAUUUAAGCUGGACAGUGCAUCUUUAACCGCUGGUCAAGAUGCAAACUUGAUUGGUGUGAAAUAUCUGGUGGUAGCUACAAAGUAUGGUGUGAUUCAGGCCUUGGACAUACAAGAUGGUAAGAAAAUUUGGAAUUUUGAUUCUGGAUUGAAGAACAUUUUACUAGUCGAAUACAUUAGUGAUUCUCACGAGCUAUUGGUUUUUGCCGAAGAGGGCUCCUACUUUAUCUACAGAAUUGAAGAUGGGAAAGUACCCGUUUUGAGGGAAGAACGUAGCGUUGGUCAAAAAAGUGUAAAGUCCGUGUCUCUUCUGGAUUCAAGGGAGCUGUUUAUCGAGUUCCUCGACGGUGAGAAGAAAGUCGUCACUUUUAAAAGGGGUUCCGACCACCCAAGAACAUUUAUUUGCAAUCACGAUUCCAAGGGUGUUUAUGGCCACGCAAUUGAUGCAAAUCAAAGCUUAGAGGAUACCUGGAUAAUCAAGUUCCCUGAGUUUGAGGACCUGGCUGCUUUUGCAGGUAGGAAGGAGGCCCCAAUUGUUACGCUAGGUCAAACCCUCGGUAAUAGGACUGUGUUGUACAAAUACUUGUAUCCAAACAUGGCAAGUUAUAUCACGGUGAAUAAGCAAACGUCCACGAUGUACGUCAACCUUAUUGACACGAUAACUGGCGAGCUUUUGUACUCCCAGAUGCAUGAGGACAAAAUAGAUGCCGAUCAGCCUAUAAACAUGGUCUUCGGGGAAUACUGGUUUGUCUACUCAUAUUUCAGCACCGAGCCAGUCCCAGAGCAAAAAUUGGUGACGGUAGAACUAUACGAAUCGUUAGAAGCGAAUGAAAGAAUAUCCACUGAUAGUGAGCAGAUCAAUCCGCUCAGAAGCCAUCACAAACCUGCGGUCAUAUCGAAGGCUUAUUUUUUCCCAGAGAUCAUUCAAAGAAUGUCGCUUUCGCAGACCAUCUUUGGCAUCACAUCGAAGACCAUUAUUCUCGAGCUAAAGAACGGCCAGAUAACAUUUUUAUCGAAAGAUAUCCUGAGUGCACGACGUGUCGAAGAGUCCAAGAUGACGAACGACGACAAGAAGGAAUUCAUGGCUAUGCCUUACAUUAGCAUGAUCCCAUUGAACGAUCAUUUCGUCAUAUCGCAUUCAAGAACUUUGCUACUGGGUGAUAAUGCAAAGUUAGUGUCAACUGCAACAAACCUGGAGUCUACAAGUGUAGUAUGCGACAUCGGCCAUGACAUUUUCUGCAGUAAGAUUUAUCCCUCAGGCCAGUUCGACAUCAUGAGCCCCAGCUUCGAAAAGGGCAAGCUGAUAGCGACAAUAGCUAUUUUGGUCAUAGUCUGCUACUUCUUGCGACCUUCAGUUGAAGCUGCAAAACUCAAGAGAUCAUGGUUGGUCAGGUAA